GGCGUCAACAGAACAGAACGGAACAGAACGGAACAAACCAAGAACGAUGUCUCAGCUUCUAUGCUUCAUCCUGGCUGCUGUCACUCUCAGUCAUUCUACAGUUGGUAUUAAACUCUGGAACUCUAAGACCUCAAGAAGCAACACAAUAUGGCGCGGGAACUGGAACAUGGAUACCUCCACAUACAGGGGUCAGGAGUCGGUGUCUGCUGAACCAAACCCCGACGGCAGCAACUACAAAGUCAGCAGCAUCUUUCUCUCCCAGGGAUCCUACGGCCUCACCGAUCUCUACAGUGGAGCUGAGUUCUACUCCACUCCUCUAGAGCCCAGGGAGUGCCUGACGCUCUCCUACAAAGUGUGGUUCGACGACAACUUCGACUUCGCCUACGGUGGAAAGUUGCCGGGUCUGUACGGUGGCGGGGUCAACUGUACGGCUGGAGGUGACCCAGGCAAGGACUGUUUCACAUCCCGCUUCAUCUGGAGAACAGGAGGCAUGGGUGGAGUGGCACUCUUCACCACAUCUCAGCAGACACCCGAGUUCUGUACCACUGAAGGGGUGGAGUGUAAUGAUGCUUGGGGGCACCGACUGGGCAGCGGAAGUUUCCAGUUCCAGAACGGGACCUGGUACACAAUCCAGCAAACUGUCCGCCUUAACACACUCGGCCAGGCUGAUGGCUACGUUCGAAUCGUUGUUGGGGGCGUCGGUAAAGUGUACGACGUCAGUAACGUUGUAAUCAGAGAAUCCCCGGAUGUGAAAGUCGACGGCAUUCUGUUUUCCAACUAUUUCGGCGGGACAUCGUCAUGUUCCGGAAGUCCUGUUGAUACUCAUGUCUACUUCCGGUAUUUCGUCCUCAAGGACAACGUCUGCUAGAAAUAUCUCAAUAUGCAUGUGUUUAAACACAGUGUAACCUCUGUUCUGUUCAUGUUCUUGGU